ACCUUUGGGAACGAACACCCAUUCUAUUAUUGUUGAACCCCAGCGAAAUGCAGCUAAGGAUUAAAUUUAUUUCUUCCUCGACCCACACAGUGCCUUAUUCCACUGCUGAUCUUGUGUAUGGUGUUGAAACCAGUCAAUCUGACAUAGUUGAAGGGAGAUGCAAUAGUUUUGUUGAUGUAGCUGGAAGAGAAUCAAGAGUCUCAUCUUGUGAACUAAAAGAAUCAGAUUACAGACAUUCAAGUGGCAGAGGAAGACCUGGAAAAUCUGUAUCUAUUGAAAAAGUAAAUUUCUGCAAGGAAACUGAUGAUAAUUUUGGACCUCAUCAAUUUUUUCCUUCAACAAAACAUAUCCAGUGUAGACCAAAUGCAGUUAGGAGCAGUAUUAUUAGAGGAGAUCCUAUGUACAGUAUGAGGACAAACAGUCUUGCUUCAGGAAGAGAUACUGAGGAUUUAAUUGCAAUGGGAACAAUAUGGAGUCCAAAUGCUCAAACACCUGCAAAACAAUUAAACAGCAGCACAAGUAGUGCUAGUACUGUCACAAACAGUGCUAUUACAAAUGUCACAGGCAGAAAUAUGCAAAUGUAUACAACACAAGGAUCGAAUAGUUCAACAGGAAUACCUCAGACUUGUAGAGGGCGCUACACCAUAUCAGGAAUGAGACCAAUACUGGUUCAAACAUCAAGAAACUCCAAUGUAAAAGAUGUUGAUCCAAGAUAUGCAGAUCCAGUAGUUGGUGCUCCUGCUUCAUUUCAACAAAGACUAAUGGAACUUAGUGCACUUGAGGGAGAAACUAUACGAUAUGAAAGAAGUAAAAAAGUGAAGAAGAAAGUCAAACAGGAUCGUGACUCUUAAUUGCAUAUGGUUUCUUGGGAUUUCUCAUCAUUCAUUAGUUAAGCUGAGCCAUAGUUCCAGGGCUCUCUGAUGGAAGUUUGUCUGUCAUCAAAGUGUAAGUUUGCUGGUCUGUUACCUUCUUAUGUACAUGUAUUCAUCUUCCUCAGUGCCACUGCAGUAGUUUCAACCAAAAUUUGUCAUAGAGGUUCAAAAUGGUCAUGCUACUUUUUCAGAGAAAUGUUACACAAAUUACAUUACUGUAGUUAUAUUUGACAAGCAUCCCCAUAUAUUUAUAGUUAUACAAAAAUUACAUUUUAUUAAAAUGAUGAUAUUUUGCUUACUUUAAGGAAUAGGAUCAUCAAGUCUUGUCAGUUGAUGCAUCUAAGGACCUCGUAUCAUGUUGACUCAAAAGCUGGUCACGGUGACCUGCAUUUUAAAUUUUGAGGCCAUUCUUUUUCAAAAUGAUUUAGAGGCAUAUUUUGAACAAUUUAAGGCCUAUGAUCAAACUUUGUCAGUUGAUGUAUCUUGGGUCUGCAGAGAACGUCAACUAAAAAGUAGGUCACCUUGACCUACUUUUUGAAUUUUAUGGCUAAUGUUUUUCAAAACAAUUAAGGUCAUUAAUUCGAAUACUGAGAGGUUUAGAAUCAUUAAAUCUUGUAAGAUGAUGCAUCUUGGGGCCAUGAAACAUAUUUAUUAAAAAGUAGGUCAAAGUGACCUUCUUUUUGAACUUUGCAGUCUUUCAAUUUCAUAGCAUUUUAGAGGCAUAAUUUGGACAUUUUAAGGCCUAUGAUUAUAAAACUUUCUAAGUUGAUGCAUCUUGAGUCCUCGAAAAACGUCAAUUGAAAAGUAAGUCACCAUGACCUAUUUUUGAAAAUUUAUGGCUAUAUUUAAAUAUUUAGGGUACUUUUUGACUUAGAAUCAUCAAAAUUUGUCAGUUGAUGUAUCUUGGGUCCACAGAGUACAUCAACUGAAAAGUAGGUCAUGGUGACUUAAUUUUCAAUUUAUAUGACUAUAAUCAAAUAUUUUUUCGGGUAAUAAUUGGCUUAGAAUCAUCAAACUUUGUCAGUUGAUGCAUCUUGGGUCCUCGGAGUAAGUCAACUGAAAAGUAGGUCACCGUGACCUACUUUUGAAAAUUUAUGGCUUUAAUUAAAUAUUUUUCAGGUAUUAAUUGGCUUAGAAUCAUCAAACUUUGUCAGUUGAUGCAUCUUGGGUCCUUGGAGUAUGACAACUGAAAGGUAGGUCACCUUGACCUACUUUUGAAAUUUUAUGGCUGUAUUUAAUAUUUUCUGGCACUAUUUGGCUUAGAAUCAUCAAAAUUUGUCAGUUGAUGUAUCUUGGGUCCUGUGAGUCGGUCGACUGAAAAGUAGGUCACCUUGACCUUCUUUUCAAUUUAUAAACUAUAAUUAAAUAUUUCGGGUACUGUUUGGCUUAGAAUCAUCAAACUUUGUCAGUUGAUGCAUCUUGGGUCUUCGGAGUAGGUCGACUGAAAAGUAGGUCACUUUGACCUAAUUUAUGACUUUAGUUAAAUAUUUCAGGUACUAAUUGGCUUAGAAUCAUCAAACUUUGUCAGUUGAUGCAUCUUGGGUCCUCGGAGUACAACACCUGAAAAGUAGGUCACUGUGACCUACUUUUGAAAAUUUAUGGCUUUUAUUAAAUAUUUCGGGUACUAAUUGGCUUAGAAUCAACAAACUUUGUCAGUUGAUGCAUCUUGGGUCCACGGAGUAAGUUGACUGAAAUGUAGGUCACCAUGACCUACUUUUGAAAUUUUAUUACUUUAUUUAAAUAUUUUUAGGUAAUAAUUGGCUAAGAAUCAUCAAACUUUGUCAGUUGAUGCAUCUUGGGUCCGCAUAGUUAGUCGACUGAAAAGGAGGUCACUGUGACCUAUUUUUGAAAUUUUAUGGUUAUAAUUUAAAAAUUAUUUUAGGUAUUAAUUGGCUUAGAAUCAUCAAACUUAGUUGAUGCAUCUUGGGUCCUCAGAGAAUGACAAGUGAUAAGUGGGUCACCAUGACCUACUCUCAGGUACUAAUUAGCUUAGAAUCAUCUUGGAUUCCCAGAGUGUUUCAUCUAAAAUGUAGGUCAUGAUGACCUACCUUUGGAAUUUCAAGGCUUUAUCUAAAUAUUCAAGAUACUUGGAAGCUUCAGAUAGAAGUGAUAGUUUGUACAGUUUAUCGGAAGAGCGAUUCAAGGCCCUUGGGCCUCUUGUUUUAGUUUGUUUUUUCUUUCUCAAAAAUGGGGCUACAUUUGACAAUUAUACAAGUGUCAAUAGGUAAUGAAGAUUUAACUUUAUUGAAAUAAUGCCAUAGAGGGAUAGAGUGGGGCCUUAAUAGGCGAUCAUAGUUUAAUAAAAAUGCCUUUUACAAGAACAGCAAGGGCAUGAGAAGUCAUAACUAGAAGCAAGCAUCUGAUUCACCAUGUAUUUUUCAAAUCAUGGCCUUGGAGGGGGUGGGAGGGGUUUUCAUAUUAUUGUUGGGGACAAUAUAUAUCUACCCCCACUGCAUUAACUGUCAUCUAUUGUGCAUUUUGUAACCAGCUGAAGAAAACAUAAAAAUGUACAUAUUGUUAUUUAUGUACAAAUAUAAAAAUGUACAUAUUGUUAUCAAUGACAAAACUGUCCCUAAAUUCACUGCACAUAUUGUUGCUUCAAAUUAUGGUUACUUAAGGAAUUUUUUUGGUUUUAUGAAUGCAAUAUGUAAAGCAUGUAGAUCUGUCAUGUAGGCAAAUUCGUGAAGCGCAAUAUUGAUUAUGGUAAUUGUCCAAGUUUACUUUCUUUGCAUAAAAUUUUUCAUUAGCUUGUAUGUUCAAUAAAGACAAAUUUAGUUUUAAACA